UCAAAAAACACCAUACCUUGUGGUAUUGGCUGAUAAGCUGAUAUUAGGCACUGAUUACACGUUUAUUGUGACUGUGACUUCACCAACAAUGAAUUCUUUGAGAGCAGAACAUCGAGUGACAAGAGUUCCAUAUGAUGCUCCAGUUGUUUCCUUGUACACCAGUUUAUUGUUCUCUGACAACAGUGUUAGUGUAAACGAGGAGUUACAAUUAUAUGGAGAGGUUACAUUGGCAAGCUGUAUCAAACCUCCAAAGCCAGUAAGAUUUGCUUGGGCUGUUGAUAAUCCUCGUGUAAAGUUUGACUUUGGUAGUCUCUAUUUUCCUGUUUAUAAGGCAGCUCCCUUCACCCUUCCAGUGGGAGAGACCGUGACCUUCACCCUUCGUACUUUUCUGGAUACUGCUAUGAAUGAAUCCACAUUUGCUUCAGUUACACUUCAAGUAGUGCCACAACCAGUUCAAGCCAUUAUCAAAGGUGAGCCAGAAGUUACAGUUGGUAGUAGAAGUGGAACCAUUUUGUUGGAUGGAUCUGAGUCUGGAGGAUUUGGGGUUCCAGUUGUUUAUCAAUGGAGUUGUCAUGAUAAGAACAAUGAACCAUGUUACAAUAUGAUGGAAACAUCCCAGAACAACAUACUAGUAUCCAGAGAAGAACAAAGCAAGUCUGUAUUGAAAUUGCUGUCUUCACAACUGGAAUCAGGGAAGAAGCUCAAAUUUAGUCUCCAAGUGUUCAGUGCCAGAAAUCCAAGUGUGAAAAGUAACACAUCUUUGACUCUGAAUGUUGUAGAAGGAGAUAUGCCUCAGGUGUGGCUUCAGUCUGUGUCUGUCCAAGGUGUACCUAUCAGGAGGAGAAACCCGAUCACUGGUGUCUUCACUGUACCAGCAAGAAUGCCUGUUAUUAUUGAGGCAACAGUAAACUCCAUGAAAAGGGCAGUUCAGACUCUCAAUUGGAAUAUUACAGGAUUUCCUCAUCCUUAUCAUUACAAUGACUUAAAAGGAAGCAGGAAAGGUGAAACAAUUCUUUCCCUAGCUCAAGGCACAAUAGUAGAGCAUGGUGUGUAUGUCAUUGAUCUGGAGGCAUGUAACAAUGAUGGAGCUUGUGGCACAGCCAAUUUGACUCUUUAUGCUUUUCCAGUAGUUGCAUUGUGUCAUGUGUAUGUGGAACCUUAUGUUGCGUAUGGAUGGACUCAAGCUGUUGUACUUACCUGCUCAGUUCCAACAGAAAGAACCCCACUGACGUAUCAGCUCUAUAUGCAGUCAUUAGAGAAACUUAUUCCUGUCACUUCUCUUCAGUUCUCUUACAUCUUUCGAUUUAUUGGUCUUCCUCCCCCAGCUAACAGCAGCACUGUUUUUUAUACUGCAAAGGUGUGUGACAGGUUUGGUGUGUGUCUGUGGUUUCGCUCCAAUCCUGUUCAGGUGACUCUACCAGCUAAUGGGACACAGAGUGCAAACACUCUAUACAUAUUAUCAAAACAGGCACAAGAAACAGGAAGUCCAUUACAAGCUCUGACCUUCUUGUCACUUGCUGUUUCGGCUUUAAAUCGUAAUCUCACAACAGAGGAGUCCCAGCAAGCAAUUAGUUAUGUAACUGAAAUCAUUGCUUACCAGCCCAUAACAACAGGAGAUGCUUCUGUUAUUUUAAACAGUUUAAGCUCAUUGUUAUCAAGUGGUGACCAAGCAGUAAGGUUAAAAGCUAUCGCUGCUGUUGCAAGAACUAUCCUAAAAACUAAGGCUUCUGAGAAAAACCCAUCUGUAACCAUUAUACAAGAAGCAUUUUCUUUGGUCACUAAUGCUAUAGAGCUGUAUCAGGAUGACCCAAAAACUCUUCAAAAGUUAGGCAGAGUUCAUCAUCAGCUGACAAAGGUUGCUGCUGCUUUAUUAACUGCUGGUCAGAAGCUUGAACUGCAAACCAAAGAUGAAAAUCUUCCAAAAGCAGCUCUACAAUAUAUGAUGUUGGACAAAGAUAGUGGAAUGAUUGAAGUUAGAGGGAAACAAGAAGAUGACACUGUGGAAGCAUCAGCAGAGUUUAGUACUGAAGUUCAAAAUAGGUUCAAACGUUGGAAAUGUGAAACAAAGAAAUGCCAAGGAGUUGCAAUAUCCAUGAGAUUAUAUGAUAAACUUAAUCCUCUCCCAGAAGAUCCAGUCUUCAGACGUGUAGCUCCAAUUGUCAUUAUUGAACUUCAAACACCAGAAACAGGUAAGAUCAUUCAACUGAAUAGUAUUCCUGAUUUGAUCAUCCUAACAAUAACGCAGACUGUGAACAUAUCAGAGGACAGUCAGGUUGCUCCUAAAUGUCACUUCUGGAGCUCAAGUGAGAAAGCCUGGAAAACAGAUGGUUUGAAAACAUUUGGUUUUGCAGAUGGCAUGGUAACUUGCAGAUCAAACCAUCUUAGUGCUUUCACAGUUCUAGAAGUUCCUAUUGGUCUUAGUACUGCAGCUGUUGCAGGGAUUGUUAUUGGUUCUUUGGUAGCUGUGUUGAUUGUUGGAGUAGUAGCUGCUCUUCUUGUGAGGAAGAAGAAUGCAAAAUUGUCCAAAGUCGACAGUGAAGAAAUUAGUGUAGGAAAAGCUGAUGAAUAACGUACCAGGUACUGUUCAUUCAGCAGAGGCCAGUAUAAAAACAUGUGUCAUAGAUGACUUUUGGUAUAUAUCUUAUUUGAAUGACUUGUGUAAGUUCCUGAUUCUCAGCCUCAGAUAUCUGCUACUAUCUCUAACAGAUAAUUGAUCGUGAAACAAGGACGGAAAAACUCAUUUAUUUACCUUUGAAGUUAACAAGUUAUAUUUAUUUUUUCAUCAGUGUUUGACCUAGUCAUUUGAAGACAUUAUUUCAUACAGUCCUCAAAAACCAUAUGAUUAGUAGCUAAAACUGUCAGCACUUCUCUCUUAUCAAUGAUACAGCCUAAUAUUCUGGAGAAAAAAAAAUAUAUAUUUCAUUUGGGCUUUUAACAUAGAUAGAUGUGAGGAAUUCCCUCUAGUUUUAUAUUGUCAGUGUGCCUUAGCGAAUGUGGCAAACCUAACUUACUGGCCCCCCCAGUGGCACAGCGGUAUGUCUGCAGACUUACAACGCUAGAAACUGGGUUUCGAUACCCAUGGUGGGCAGAGCACAGAUAGCCCAUUGUGUACCUAUGGGCAUAAUUACAAACAAACAAACAAAUUAACUUACUGUGUAGAUCUUAAAUAACUAUACUCUAGACUGUUUAGAGGCCAGAAUUUAAGUAUGACAAAGACAUGUUAAAUGAUGUAGAAUAUUUUGUUUUUUCCCAGCAUAAGAACAUGUCUUUUUAUUCAUAAACCUUUAUAUUAUGUGUACUUUUACACUUUCAGUCAUUGUAAUUAUACUUUGAAUAGUAUUACUUCAGGGGAAACAUGCCUCAGUUUAACUAAGAUAAAUGAUGAAUGUGGAACUAGUUCAAACUGAUUAGGUAUAAAGUUGUUACUAGUUAUUAACAGUUUCCAAUUUUACUAUUUUCUUUCAUAAUUUUAAUAAGUUUGGUUAAUCUUGUAUAGUGUUAUUAGAAUACAAAUGGAUAAAAACAUUGUAGUUUUAUGUUUUUAAAUAUUUAUUAUUUUCACGUUUUAGAGUAAUAACAUAGAUGAAAAGAGCUGUGUUUAUUUCUAAUCAAAUGUAUAUUUUGAAAGGAACAUUCAUACAUUUCACAAGUUAUAUUAAUACAAAUCUUGAACCGAAUUGUAAAAUUUUUAUCAUCUAGUUUUCUGAUGUUAUUUAGAAAGUUUGUAUCAGGUUUCGUUCAGUUGUUUUUGCUUCUUUUCUAAUAUCAUGUACAUUAAAUUUGUAUACUAAAGGUCAUACAGUUUGUAAAAUGUGAUAAUGAAGUGUAUGCUGUUAACAUUUAUUUUGGUAGGUUUUAACCAGUUUCGUUUUUCAUCCUGUGUGUGUAUUGAAUGUUGAAAUCCAUCUUGUACUUUCUUAUGUUUCAAAAUAAUUGUCCUGAUCAAAUUCAAAUUUACUUCUUUAAAAUAAUUAAAUGUGUUACAGGUAAUUCUGUUUUCAAAGUUUUUAACAAUGCGUAAUUGGUGAAACUGUCAUAGUUACAAGUUUGGUCGUGUGAAUUCUGUUUUGAUUUUUAAAAUACUUAUUACAGAUUGGUUAGUAUAUUAUGGACACUAAUAGUUAGUAAUUGUUAUGAUUGCCCUUUGUGUAAAACUUUACUGACAAUUUUAAUACAGUCAUCAGAAGUUAAGUGUACAUUAUCCAAGAUGAGGGUUUCCAUUGAAGAUGAGAAAUCCUUCAUUACUUUCUGAACCAGUUAAAUGUAACCUUAGAGGAAGUUCAAGUGUUUCAAAUAUAAACUAUUUUAAGUACACUGAGUAUUGACUGGUGCAAGGUAACGGAUUUAAUAAUACGAGAUAGACUCGUUACCAGAUUGUGGAAGUGAAAAUUUUACCCAAUACAUUGAGGGGAAAAAAUAUAUCUGUGAAUGAUUGUCGGGCUUUCUGUAAUAUAAUCUCUAACGUUAAAUAAGCUAACAAAACAUAUGUAAAUGUUACUCUUAUUCAGCUGACCUCUGGGCAGUUCUUUAAAUUUUGUCGGAUUUGAAAACAAAACUAGUUCAUUUUUUUUUUAUCUAAGGGUGGAAAGUAUAAGUAAUUUCAAUACUGCUUGUGAAUUUAAUUUGAUUGAGUCAUCUUCAAUACCCUCAUACAACCACAUCAAAAUAGGUAUAGCAUCAAUAACAUUUAAACUGUUACCUUCCAAAACUCAUUAUCUCUGUAUCUGUCAACGGGGAUCCAGUACCUUUCUUUUCAAAAUUAAGCACUGCUUCUGUGGAAACUAGACCUAUUAGAUUCUAUAUAUUAUACGUAAACUUGGAUAUUUAUUGAACUGUACAAUUUGUUUCAGUCGAGAUUGAAUAAACCUGUGUACAUCACUAAAGACAACUUUCUGCAUCUGAAUAUAUAAAGCCGACAAAUCGUUAUAACAACCCAAUAAACUACUGUUUAUGUGUUUAUACUGACUUGUUUAGUGAGUGUAUAAAGCUGGAAAGUCAUUAUAAACACCCAAUAAAGUACUGUUUGUAUGUUCAUACUGACAUGUUCUGUGAGUGUAUAAAGUCCACAAAUCAUUAUAAACACCCAAUAAAGUACUGUUUAUAUGUUUACACUGGCUUGUUCUGUGAGUGUAUAAAGCCCACAAAUCAUUAUAUUUCAACCAAUAAAGUAGUGUUUAUAUGUUUACACUGACUUAUUCUGUGAGCGUAUAAAGCCCACAAAUCAUUAUAUACAUCCAAUAAAGUAGUGUUUAUAUGUUUACACUGACUUAUUCUGUGAGUGUAUAAAGCCCACAAAUCAUUAUAUACAUCCAAUAAAGUACUGUUUAUAUGUUUACACUGGCUUGUUCUGUGAGCGUAUCAAGCCCACAAAUCAUUAUAUACAUCCAAUAAAGUAGUGUUUAUAUGUUUAUACUGACUUGUUCUGUGAGUGUAUAAAGCCACAAAUCAUUAUAUACAUCCAAUAAAGUACUGUUUAUAUGUU